ACUGUAGCAGGGCUGCUGGGGGGGUGGGGCUGCAGCUGAGGCGACGAAGGAGCGCGGCGGGCGCACCAUGGGGGAGCCGUGGUACCUUCAGGCCGACUGUGCCUUCUGGCACGGUGGGCACACCGUCCAGCUGACCCUCACCCGUUCGGCGGUGGAGGCUCACCUCACCGCCGAACAGUGGAGGGAGGAGUUCGACGCCGCUUUCAUCGAGGACCUGACCCACAAAAUGGGGAAUUUCAAGCAGUUUGGGAUUUUCUGCAGCAUGCUGGAGUCAGUGCUGAUGCAGAGCAGCAAGUCCAUCAGCCUGGAGCUCCUCACCUAUGCUGACCUGGAAACCCUACGUAGCCGGAAAGUGGGGGCGAUUGCCCAGCCCCCUCCCCCUUCCACCGCUUCCCCGCUCAGUGCCAAGCGUUAUCUCAUCCUCAUCUACUCUGUCCAGUUCGACAGAAUCCGCUACCCACUGCCGCUGCCCUAUGCGGGAAGGCCGGAUCCUGCCGAGCUGUGCAAGCUGGUGUAGGAGCUGAGGGAGGAGCUGGUGCAACUCCAGGCUCAGCACGGGGAGGAUCGCCAAGAUGCUGAGAUCCAGUGCCUGUGGGACGAGCUGCAGAGGGUGCUGGAGGAGAAAUGGGCGGCGACAGCGCUGCAGUGAACGGCAUGACGUUUGGAGGAUGAGUUGUUGCGGGAGAAAGCCCGGCACCAACGUGAACACCGGCAGCUGACCGCUGAGCUGGCGGAGGUGAAGGCAUUGGAGUGGAGGCUGCAGCUGCGGGUGAAGAGCCUGAUGGCUGAGUUGGCCUCCUGCAAGAGGGGCUGUCGGACGCCUGUCGGCACAGCCCCCCUGUCCCAGGAGCAACAUUCCCCAUUGGGCACCUGGCCGCCAUGCUCAACGUCCCGGGAGAGUCGUGGUGGCAGCCAGGGUCGUCCCCCAGCAUGGUCCCCAUCGCCUGCAGGCCCCCACCCGGCACGCUUCGACCCCUCCGCCUUCGUCAGAGCCCGGCAGCGCUGGCAGAAGGUGACCAAGCUCAAAAACCAGAGGUGCAGGGCAGCUUUUGGCAGCGCCAACCUGGUGAGGAGCUGCAGCCGCAGCUCUUCGGCCGAAAGCUUCCGGAGCUGGCGCUUGGUGGUGAGCUCCAGCAGCGAAGCCGAUGAGUGCUCCGAGCCCCUGCCCCCCAGGGGCAGGAGGGUGACCUGCACCCAGAGACUGAGCACCUCAUCCUGCAACAGCCCUGGCACAGUGAGUGGCUGCCCAGACUCCUGGGACCACCCCCCCUGCACCCCCAAAGCAGGGUGACUGUGGUGGGGGACACACACACACAUCAGUGCCACCCCACCGCCUCCCUCCACCCCCAGGUCCCUUGCCUGGCUGCCAGCCACAAACCACCUACGGGCAGCACUGCUGGCAAGCGCCCCAGUAAAUGUGCCCCCCCC